AUGGACGAACUAGCGGAGAGCACACCGCUAGCUCUCCUCCCUAAGGACAGCACCACUAAGAAAAUAAACUUCAAGAAGAACUUCAAAGUUACUCUAGCCAGCAACACGGUGUGGAGUGAUUCCGCGCUGGAAAGGCUACUAGAAGACAGCACCAUUCAGUGGUACACUGAUGGCUCAAAAACACCGGAAGGUAUUGGGGCAGGUAUCGCGGGACCGCGUACCAAGCUGUCCAUACCUAUUGGCGAGGAAUGCAUAGAACGGCUAAACCGUAUGUCCCUGUGUAAUCGGGUGCAUCUAAUAUGGGUACCAGGACACAAGGGAGUAGAAGGUAAUGAGAAGGCCGACGAACUGGCCCGCACUGCAGCAGCGUCAAAGAUGUUGAGACCGGAGCCAUACAUAGCG